AUGGCGAAGAUCCGGGUGUCGUACGAGUAUUCGGAGGCGGAGGAUAAGAGUAUCCGUCUGGGCUUGUUCCUGAUCGCCUGCGGGAUCCUGAGCCUCUUCAUCCUCGGCUUCUGUUGGCUGAGCCCGACGCUGCAGAGUCUCCAGAGCAAACCGGCCAACUGCACGGUGGUGUCGGUGCUGCGUCCGGAGGAGAUGUUCGAGUGUGUGUUCACGUGUGGAGCUGACUGCAAAGGGACGUCGCUCUAUCCCUGUCUGCAGAUCUUUGUCAACAACUCGGAGUCCAGCUCUGUGGCUCUGCUGCACUUUGACGAGCAGCAGCUGGUCCUGAACCCGAAGUGCUCGUACGUUCCUCCCUGUGAGCGGGACAACCAGAAGAACCGAGACAGCGUCCUGUGGUGGGAGGACUACUUCACCAAGGAGGUCAGCAGCCAGUCCUUCACCUGCUUCUUCAACCAGCAGAGGAGGCCCGAUGACGUGUUGUGGCGUCGCUCCCAUGACACCAGCGUCCUGCUGCACUGCGUCCUCUGGCCCAUGGUGUCGCUGCUGCUGGGGACGCUCAUCGUGCUCCUCACGGUCUGCGCUCGCUCCCUCGCCGUUCGAGCCGAGGCGCUGCAGAAGAGGAAAUGCUCCUACGAGGUUUGCCAGGACCUGUCUGCCACAGCCUCAGAACGCCGCGGCACCAAGGCCGGAGACCCCCCCUCCACAAACUCUGACGCCGAGCUGUCCUCGCCAUCAAGGACCCUGCCGCUGUUCGCAGUGCCAGUGCGACGCCGUGACCGAGAACAUUAG